UAACCGGCCUAAAACAUGCACUCAUUGGGAGCUCUGAGUGUUGCGCUGCACGCAUCUCUGCUGGUGCUGCUGGCUCAAGGGAUUCAUAAAGCCAGAGAUGGAGUUUAUAUGAGGUCGCUGCAUCGUUUUUCCCUGAUGGACAGAUCAACCGGGUAUCACCUGCCAACCUAUAUGGUGCAUCUCUACAGGAAUUUCAAGUCAAAUUUUUCCAGACCUGCGGAUAUUAUGGAGCAAGAUGCCGCAAAGCAAGCAGACACCGUGAAGAGUGUGAUGGCUAAAAGUUUGGUGUACAGACAUAGGCGCUGGGUGGCGACCUUUGACCUCCACGCCCUGCUGGCUGAUAAACAGAUCCAGGCAGCAGAGCUGAGAAUCAGACUUCCUCGGACAUCGAGUGCUUCCAACAUCUCCGUGGAGGUCUAUCACCAGCAUGGCCAGACGUGCCAUACGCACAAGAGCUGCCAAGAACAGCAGCUGGUGGGGCUGCUCACUGAAUCAUCACUGGUCACUUCAUCACAGAGUUGGAAAGUGUUCAACAUGACAAGUCCUCUCUUGAGCUGGCUCAGGGAGAGAUCGACGGCGAGAAUCCGACACAAGAGAGUGUCGAGAAGAAGGAAAGCGACAAAGACAAAGAGAGGCCUGUCGCUUCCUGAUCAGCCUAUCCAUGCGGCGAGCUCGAGAAGGGAGCAGGAUGUGAGUGACCGGGCCUUGUUGGUUGUCUUCUCGCACACUGGCUCUGAUGAAAACUCAAAGGCCAAAGCAAGCUUACUUCAUACAGCUGAACAAUCCAAGUUCUUGUCCCCCGCCGAAAUCAAAAAGACCCACUGGCCAAAGCGGCGCAGGAGCAAACGGGGUCAGAGAGAGCAAACAGCGAGAAGCCCGCACGUGUCCAGAAGAGGGAGUGAAAAACCUCUCUGUCGCAGAGUCGACCUGCAUGUAGACUUUAAUCAAAUCGGCUGGGGGUCUUGGAUCAUCUUUCCUAAAAGAUAUAAUGCCUACCGCUGUGAAGGGUCCUGCCCCGGUCCUCUGGGAGAAGACCUAAAUCCAACAAAUCAUGCUUAUAUGCAGAGUUUACUGAAACAUUACCACCCUGACAGAGUGGCAUCGCCCUGCUGUGCCCCUACCAAAAUGAGCCCAUUAAGCAUGUUGUACUAUGAGAACGGAGAAAUGCUACUUCAACAUCACGAAGACAUGAUUGUGGAUGAGUGCGGCUGCCAGUGAGAGCUACAACCACCCCCGAGUGGCCUGUGUCGCUGUACAACAGGACAAAAACGCUGCACAGAGGCAACCAAUUUCUGAAAAAAACAAAACAAAUGAAUACACUUAGCCAGACGAGAAAAAAAAGCUCUUUGAUAUUUGUCGCUGUGCACUGUAAGAUUGUAGCUGAUCUGUGUGCAGAGAUAGGAUUUGAAUUUGUGAUGUGAGCUCUGGUUUGUAAGGAGAACAUUGUUAUUUGAAGAUGUGCUGAAAUACAAACUCAACAAUAGCAUCCAGUGCUCCAGCUGUGUGCAGUUUUCACGAUCAAAUGUACAAGUUUAUUCCCCUUAACUUAUCGAUUUAAUCAAUGUAAACAUGAAAUGGCAAUGUUGUUGAAUAUUCCAGCACUGUUUUUAUUGUACUCUACCAAUUGUGUAACUGUAAAUUAAUGUAU